GCAAAGCAAAGCAAAGUUGUCUUCUUUAAUUUGUGUAUCUAAAUUUGAUUCUCUCUUUCUUUGAUUUAUUAUAGCAAAAAGAUAUGGCGACAAUCGAUGAAAGUCCGUCUGCUAAACGCUGGCUUCCCCUUGAAGCUAAUCCUGAUGUUAUGAACCAGUUUCUAUGGGGAUUAGGAGUAAAGGAAAAUGAAGCAGAGUGUUAUGAUGUAUAUGGGUUAGAUGAGGAGCUUCUGGAAAUGGUUCCAAAGCCAGUUCUUGCUGUUCUUUUUCUCUAUCCCCUUACUCCUCAGAGUGAAGAGGAAAGAAUGAGGCAAGAAGGUGUCAAACAUGAACCAGGCAGUAAAGUAUAUUUCAUGAAACAAACUGUGGGCAAUGCAUGUGGAACAAUAGGGCUUCUUCAUGCUGUAGGGAACAUCGCUCCAGAGAUCAAGCUCAUUGAGGACUCAUUCUUGGAUAGGUUUUUCAAAUCCACAGCAAGCAUGGAUCCAAUGGAGCGUGCUAUAUUUCUUGCGAAUGACACAGAAAUGGAAGUUGCCCAUUCUGUAGCAGCUACAGGGGGUGAGACAGUGGCUUCAGACAAUGUGGACACUCACUUUAUUUGCUUCGCUUGCGUUGAAGGACAACUCUUUGAGCUUGAUGGAAGAAAGUCAGGGCCGAUUUUGCAUGGUGCAUCCUCACCAGGCAGCUUAUUGAAGGAUGCAGCUAAAGUGAUACAGGACAUGAUCCAGAAAAAUCCGGAAUCCCUCAACUUUAAUGUUAUUGCCAUUUCGAAGAAAUAGAGGGUGCAUUUUGAGAUGUGAUCCAGGCACGGACCUGCAAGGGUCGUAGAUGGGUUUUACGAGAUUCCGAGCGUUACAUUUAAACAUUUUCUCAUGGAUAUCAACUGUGGUAGGGCCAAAAGUUUUACUUGGAAGGGGCUAAAAUUGGCUUGGUUGAACGAUGUAUUGUUCAAUUUUCUUAGGUCAAAUAACAUAUGAUUUGUCCCAAAAAAAUUAUUCGGUCUCUUGAUAAUUAAAAAAGUAUAUCAAUAAUAUUAAUUCAUUUAUAAAUU